AUGUAUUUCACAUUUGAUGUUAUGGGGGAAAUUGCUUUUAGUAAAGAUUUCAAACAACUUGAACAUGCAACGGAGCAUUUCGCAAUCAAGGCUAUGCAUGCGCAGAUGAACAUGAUAGGUCUUGUUGGCAAGGUCCCAUGGCUUAUUGCUGUUCUAUCCGCCAUUCCCGGUCUUGGUGGACCAUACAAGACGUUUAUGAAAUACACUACGGAGCAAAUAGAGAAACGAAAGACAGUCUGGUAUCAAGAAACCGAGAAGAAGCCUACAGAUGUCGUUUCUUGGUUGUUAAAGGCGAAAGAUGAUGGCGAUCCUUCCGCUCCUCCUACAGACGGAGCACUGUACGAUGAAGGAAGACUGGUAAUCAUUGCUGGCAGUGAUACUACUGGUGUUACCCUCGCGCAUAUAUUGUUUUAUCUGGCGACACAUCCACAUGUGUACCAAAGACUACAGAAGAGCGUUGAGGAAGCAGGAGGAACCGAUAACCCUAUGGCUCCUUUUCCUUAUGUUGAUGCUAUUAUAAACGAAACCCUUCGACUGAAACCUGUCGUCCCCAGUGGACAACCACGGGUUACUCCACCGGAAGGAUUAGUGAUCGAUGAGGUGUCGAUUCCUGGAGAUACCAUCAUCAUCGUUCCGCAAUAUCUCGUACAACGAGAUCCACGCAACUUCAAACUUCCGUUGGAAUUUAUUCCAGAAAGAUGGCUUGAUGAACAAAAGGAGCUCGUUUUAGAUGAUCGCGCCUUUUACCCAUUUAGUAUAGGUCCAUAUAUUUGUGUCGGAAGGCAGUUGGCGUAUCUUAAACUGCGAAUGGCGUUGAUCUCCAUUGCAAGGGAAUUUGACAUAUCACUUGCUCCAGGAGAAAACGGUAAAUCAUUCAAUGAAGAUGUUAAGGAUACAUUUACGAUGGAAGUGCAGCCUCUUCAAAUGGUGUUUAGGCGGCGAACCCCUGAAUCCUGA